AUGCCCAGUGGUACGACGGAUUUAUCACCGACGGCCGUGUCGUCCGAGCCGGUUAUCAAGAUCAAGGCUUCGGCGGCGGCAUCGAGUGCCGAUCGACGUCAGAAGAAGGCAGCCACGUCGCGCCUCAUCCAGUCGGCCAAGCACGGCUCGAAUCCGAACUCGGGUCCGGACAGUCUGUCGCAGAGCGCCCGACGACGCCUGCAGUACAACAACAACAACACGCAACAGCAACAUGGAUCGUCGUCGCAGUUGCCCGUGCGAUCGGCGAGCAAGGGCUCGAUUCAAACAGCCGAAAAGGCCAAUAAAGCUCAGCAGCAGCAGCAGCCGAAAAGCGCAACGUUGAGAAAAAUCGCCGGCAAGCCCAAUGCUCAGGACAAGAAAAAGACGAACGCCGCGGUUCCUCGCAAGAGCAUGUCUCUGCUGGAUUUGUCACCCGCAGCCAGCAAGCUGACACCUGCCACGGGCUUCGAGCUGCGAGGCUGCGACAGCGCCCUGAGCGUGGGCGGCCUCGACAGCGCGAGCUACCGCCAGCUCGCCGAGGAGCUGUCCGACAAGGACAGCCUGAUCCUGCUGCAGCGCCAGAACAAUCCGCACCACAGGCUGAGCAAGCGGCUGGGCUCGGGAAUGUCGGGCCUGACGCAGGCCGAGCGCGAGUGGCGGGCCGGCCAGCUCGUGGCCCGGGGCCUGAUGCUUCACGCCUGGCGUCAGCGUCGCCGCGAGGUGCGCGAGCUCAAGACCUCCCUCUCGAAUCUCGAGCAGCAGAGCCUGCAGAUCGUGGUGCUGCGCAGGCUGCUGCACAACGAGAACGCCCGGGUCGCGAGGAUGAGCGGCGACCUGCACCGGCUGCGGGCUCACAGCGAGGACAUCAACAAGGAGCUUCAGCAGCUCAAAGCAGAAAAAGAGACGAUGCUGAGCGAGGCGCAAAAGCUGAAGGAAUUAGCCGAGGAGCGAGCUAUAAAUGCGGAGAAUCUGCGCAACGAGCUCGGCACGGAGCGCGAUCGGCUCGCGGCCCUCGACAAGCAGAUCGCCAAGGAUAGGGACAAGCUGCUCAAGAGCCGCGAAGACAAGAAGUCGCUGCUCGACAAAGUGGCAGCGUUCGAGGCGUUGAUCGAAGAAAAGACCAAAAAAGCCGAAUGCGCCGAACGAGCCCGAGAAGAGAUGCAGGUUCAAUUAGAUACUCAGCUGGCCCUGAACGCGUCGUUGCAAGAAGAAAUUCAACGAUUCGCUGGUCUCGUGAAAGAAAAACAGAAGGAAAGGACCGAGCUGGAAAAAACACUGCGCGAAUUGGAAGACGAGAACAUGCGAUUGGAGGAGCGAUUGCAAUCGAGCGAGCAAUUAGAGCACGAGUUGAGCUUGCAGGCGGCCGACUUCAAAUGUCAGCUUCUUCAUCAAGACGCCAAAAUUCGCCAAAUGGACCAGGCGUGCAAAACUUACCGGGCUGAAAUAAUGGAGCUUCAAGCCAGCUUACUCAAAUACACGGAAGAGUCUGGAUGGAGUAGCAAAUUGUUCCGAUUCGCCGGUAACGUUGCUCGUUAUCCGCAUCUGAUCAUGCGAACUUUGUCAUUUUUCUUAACCGGACUGCCAUUGGUUUGGAAUUAAAUUUAUAAUCGUGAAAGGAACGGACGAUAAUUUGAGAAUUUUUGUAUAAUUUUUAUGCGUAUGGGGAGCGAAUGUUUUAUAGUCAUUUUUUUUUCUAUAACAAGUGUAUAUUUUUGUAAGCGCACGAUUUUAAAAAAAAAGUGCUUCAGUGACACGAAUGAGUUUACGGAGCGAUGGA